AUGGCCCAGCGACGCGAUCUGGCGGCUCUUGUGGAGCGAAUCUGCAUCCACCCGUAUUUACUGCAGAGCGUUGGCAAGGGAAAGAAGAUCAGCAAGUUGCACCUCCUCUGGGGUAGCAAUUUCAUGCAAUGUCUUGCGGAACAAGAAUCAUUUAGCGAAAACGAAGUCCAGGACGCCUUCCGCCAACUUGCGCGGACUCUGAAGGUCCGGAAUAUCAUGGAGUGCCUUUCUGCGGCUGACUUGCUUACGGCUUUGAUUGUGAUCCUCCCGAAUUUGCAACAUUGUAGCAUGCAGGUUGAUCCCCUUCACGGGGAGAUUGUGCGUGCUGCUGGGGGGAACUCCGAAGACUCAGUGAGGCUUUUUGAUCUUGGGCAGCGUGCUGGGGCUUUGUUAGCGGUUUGCCCUGGACUCGAAACGCUCAAUAUCCAUACGUGCGGCGGUGUUUGGCAGAUGCCCCCCUUGCCGAACCUCAAGACUCUCAGUCUCACGUUCAGCCAACUGACUGCCGAAAGUCUUGAACGGUUGCUGUCGUGUUGUACGGGGCUGCGCAGCUUCACCUUUGAAGGAGACUGGCGCACGUCAGGCUGGUGGACUGAGCAAUUUGCUGGCUCUCGGAACUUCCAGCCCUCAUUCGCAGUGAGAGCUCUUGGCCGUCACUCUGCAACACUUGAGUCCAUCCACAUCGACCUUCGCGGCCGAAGCCCGCAUAAACAACCCUGGCAACUGUGGCGUGACGUCUUCAGCUUCAAGGACUCCUCUGCGCUGAAGCAUUUAUUCAUCAACAUGGACAGGUCGCUCUGGGCGGGAGAAGAAGAUUAUCACCUCCUCGUUCAACUUCUACCCUCAAGCAUUUUAUCGCUGUCCCUUGCCCAUACCAUCACAAGCUAUCUUCCUUUCCUUGAAAGCGGCCUGCUCGGACUCGCCGACGCUGUUUCCGGAGGACAGUUCCAGGAGCUGAAGCAGGUAACUUGGGACAUGGCAGAGACACUGGACGAUGAGGACACUGUGAUCUCGAAGUUCGCCGCGGCCGGCGUUGCCUUUGAGUUUGGUAGUUGGUCGCAGACAAAAUCCACGCUUGGCUUCGGCGAUUACCAGCCAGAACCCCAUCCUGGGUUUUAUUGUUAUGGCCCGGAUGCUUUUCCUGCUGUUUAUCAACCGUUGCCGGACCCGAACGAUCCCGAUAUUGAUCUCUGA